AAAAUGGCUUGCGGUGGCGCUCACGAGAAAAUGCUGCAAAAUAUAAUUGCUGCCUAUGCCGCGGUGGUAGAUAAAAUAAGCGUCGAGAGAUUCGCCGUUUUCGGGCCUUAUUUUAGCGAUAAUGAAGACAUUCAAACGUUGGUUGAGGAAUUCCGCCGAGAGCUUCUGGACGGGUUCCUGAAAAAGAUCCGCAAACUGUGGAACGAGGCUGACAUUGAACGAAAUUUGGAGAUAUUGGAGUUGAUACGGCGCCAGAAACAAGCCGCCGACUCCGCGGCCAAGUGGCGUCCUACCGGCAAACCCGCCUCCGAGCAGAUCCGUCCAUUGAUCGUAAACAAACUGAAUUGGUCGCUGAAAUUUUACCAAUAUCAGCUUGCGUUUCAGCAGGAGCGGACCGAGGAGCUCAUUGUAGCAAUCGAGGGAAACCGCCAAAGGUAUAAUGCGCUGGUAGCCGAACGGGCUCGCAAAAUGCAACAAAUGGACAACGAACAGGAGGGAUACGCCAAAGAUCGCUCCAAGCUGAGAGCACUGAAUACUGCACUUGGUAAAAAAAUUGAACAAAGGUGAAUGCUUUCGUUUAAAUUUGCAACAAGUUUAUUAUUAAAUAUAUUAAUGUUUAAAAAUUA